AUCCGUUUGUUUAUAUUUACUUAACGCUUAGGCUAAGGUGACCGCUCCUUCUUCCAUUCACCCGGUAUUUACAUAAUGCUUAAUGUUAAUUUGAGAAAUAUUACUUUUAUUUUACUUAUAUUGGCAUUAUUUGACCCGUUUUAAAAUUCAGAUUUUUUUACUUAUUGUCAAAUGCGUAACAAAAUAGUUUUUAAUAUAAUUAGUUUGCUUGUUUAAAAAUCGGGAUUUUCAUUUUAGUUGGUUGGCUUCACGAAUCGCUUGGAAGUAAAUAUUUGCUUUCAAAAUGUUUUGAACUUAGGUUUUGAACUGUACGUCUGUACAUCUUGUACUUUGGUUAGGGUUAAGAGCUUUUAAUUUGUCUGCGGGUAUUUUUCAGUUUUUACCACGGAAGUGCAUACAUAUUAUUAUUUAUUGACUAUUUUUCAAGUAUUCAAAUAUUGAACAUGUGCGUCUCCGUUCGAAAGCUUUAUGCAGACGUUGUUACAAACCUCAGGAGAAGUGAUAAACUCUCCAUUGUCUCAAAUGGAUUUUCCCGGCUUUCAAGUGAUGCGGAUAGAGUUGAAUAUGCAUUCUCCGUUUUGCGUGAUUGCAAUCUUCUGUCAAAUUUUAACUUUGUAGAAGAGCGUCUGAAGCAAGAAAACGUUUGUGUUGAGUUGAGGAACAAAGGUAACGCAUGUUUCCAAAAGCAUAAGGACAAUGAAGCCCUUUUGUUGUACACUCGAAGUAUCGCCUAUUGCCCUGUUCCACCAGAAUACGUUGCACAUGAUAUUGCGGCUCACUUAAGUGAAAAAGACCUGGAACUUAUAACAAAGGAAGGAAGUGAUGAUUUAGCAUAUGCUUAUGCCAACAGAUCUGCAGUUUUGUUUGCAUUGGGAUGCACUAGGAAUGCUUCAACUUGCAUCAAGGCUGUCGUCGCAGCGAAGGAGAGAGCUGGAACUGGAGAUCAGUUCCAUGGCAGACAGCAUCAGGGGCUUGGAAGCAACGGGCAAGUGUGAAAAGCCUAAGCAAACUUGCUUCGAAGAAAUGAAGCUGUCCUUCGGUCAGAACGAGCAGAUACCGUCUGCGUCCGACUGCAUGGACGUGGACCGCUCGGAUGCAAUGGGUCGCAGCGUCGUCGCGACCCGGGAUGUGUCAGUGGGGGAUGUUUUGCUGAUGGAAGAGCCGUUCGCGGCCGUGCUGUUGCCUCGCUGCUACCACACGCACUGCUACCACUGCUUCAGGCGGUGCCGUGCGCUCGUGCCGUGCUGGCGCUGCUCCGUGGUAAUGUUUUGCAGUGAAACAUGUCGGAAAAAAUCUUGGGAAAUGAACCAUCAUUUUGAUUGUUAUAUCUUGACUCUCAUGCUGUCACUCAAGAUGCAGAAAUUGGAGAUGCUGGCAUUACAAGUAGUCAUCACAGCAGCCAUGCAACAUGAUUCGCUGACAAAGUUCUGUAGCUGGGUUAAGUUGAUCGAGGCACCGCUUGGUGAACCAGGGUUUGACGAGAACGGACAGUACAAGUCGACUGACUACAGAAGUGUUUACCACAUCGUUGCGAACACUGAAAAGAGGUCGGUGUCCGACUUAUUUGAGAGGUCGCUCAUUGCUUGUUUCGUUUCAGAGUUACUUAGCACCAAGACUAGCUUCUUUGGCUCGACAGAGAGUGCAAACUUCAGCGAAGGUGAAAUAGUUAAGUUCAUUGGUGGACUAAUUUUGAGGCACCUUCAGAACCUCCCGUGCAAUGCCCACGAAGUUUCAGAGUACUCCAAGUCGGAGCAGACAAGCAUAUACGAGCAGGAAGAGAUUGGAGCAGCAGCUUACGCAACUCUGAGUUUAGUCAACCACUCUUGCGACCCCAACGUAGUUAGGAUCAUACACGGUGGGAGGAAUGCCUUGGUGGCGAUUCGACCCAUCAGCAAGGGUGAACAGGUCCUCGACAACUACGGGUACCACUACGCAGUGAAUGACCUGGAGGAGAGGAAGACUGCGCUGGAGAAACAGUAUUUCUUCACGUGCCACUGCCUGGCCUGCGAGCAACGCUGGCCCACGUACCAUCGCUUGCCGUCCGAGGUCCCGGUGUUCCUGUGCUCGGACUGCCGUCGCGGAGCCGUUCUGAAACAGACGGGCAAAGCGAACACCUCGAUCUGCCCAGCUUGUCAGCGGGAGGUCGACGUCAGUGCGCUGGUUCGAGAGCUGGAAAGGUCCUCGGAAGCUGCCGCGGACGCGAUUCAGACGGCUUUGAGGCAACCCGACCAGAGUGUUCUGGAUGUUCUGACGAGUCACGUGGAGUGGUUGGACAGGCACGUGAAGAGGCCGUGGCAGCCAUACAACAACUGCCAGGAAGCGAUAAAACAUCUGUGGUUUUGUAGGAGCAGUUUGGUUAACUGAUGGUUCCAUUACAAAAACAUUCAAAGUUUGCUUUUGUUUAGUUGCCUUACAGGUACUGUGAUCUACGUAGCCAAGCUGAGUGACUGAGUAGGAGAAAAUUAUAAUUGUGAUUUCAAUGUAGGUAGGUGGCACUUGAUGUUUUGUUAUUUACAGCACUUCUGAACAAACUGAAUUGUUAAAACCUAUUAUGGUUUUAUGACCACCUACUCUAAAACCACUCAUUGUUGUAGUAUAGAUACUGCAAGUUUGAAAACUCUUAAAUGUGGCUUCUUACAAACGUUUCGUUUCACUAGACUAUCAUGUGUGGGAUCACACAACUCCAUAAGUUAGAAAAAUUUGCUAACCAUCACCUCUGUACUAAUAAUAAAAUACUGUAUUUACCCACACACGGGUCGCACCCUUAAUUUUUUUUUGUGGGGGGGGGGGGGGGGGGGGCAAUAUAACAUUUUUACCAGUAAGGAUGGCACAAAAUAGCUGUCUUUAGUAGAGUUCCAUGUAUACAAGUGCAAUCUUUGUUCUGUGUCUCAGUUUAUCGGUGCGUAAAAAUAUAGCACUGGUGUUUA